AUGGCAAGUACUCUCCUUCCAUGCCAACCCUGGUUGCCCCUCACUAGUUUCUUACAUGGAAACGUAUUGAAGAAGCACAAGCUUCAUCAUCAUCAUCAUUAUGAAGGUCGUUCAAUGGCAGCAAUAUCUGGCUCAAGGAAUUAUCUAAGGAUCAAUAAUAAUAAAACUUCCUCCUUUAAUUAUAGAAGCAGCACUGGUGUUCCCCUUCAUGAGUUGCCUUGGGCUUCCUUUGACCAAUAUAUGGAGGACAAGGGAAGAGUAAUCCAGGCUAUAUUUCCAGAACAAUCAACAAGCCAGCAACUCAACGAGGAAGAGUGGAAAGUUAAGAUGACUCCCAUAGAAGCUUUGUUCUUGAAGUGUGAACCAGUAAUACACAUCACAGCUAAAAGCAUAUCUGAAGUGGAUGAUUACCCACCUGAGAUUCCUGGCCAUAUCACCAAAUUUCUCGAGGUUCAAAUUACAAGGUGUGAGUUUCCAGAUCUUCAUGCUGAUUACAUACCACCAGAUUUCAACAUCAAUGCUAGAGGAGCCUUAUAUCUUGAAAGGGAGGGAAAGGAUAAUUUGAUGAAGAAUCACUUAGACAUUAGUUUAAGCCUUUCUUUUCCUCCAUUACUCGCCUGGGUUCCUGAUUAUGUGUUGCAAAACAUUGUGCAAUCGGUACUCAGAAAUUACGUGGAGGAUAUCAAUAAUGGAUUUGCAGUUAGAUUGUUAGCUGAUUAUAACUUGUUCAAGAGGAACACGCCCAAAAAUUAG